AUGCAAUAUGCACAGCAUGAGAAGAAAAGAAGUCUAGCCCAUUUGCCAAUAAAUAUUGUGGUCUACCUAGGAAACUCAGUUGAAACUGGCAAGGAUCGGUGUUCCCAAUGCAUUCCAAUUUACAAAGAAUGCGAGACACGCCUAGAUUUACAACACAGCGCCCCUAUAUGCAAACCUGUGGACCCACCAUGGGAAUUGGGGCAUUCUGAAAAAGGAGCAAAUCUGUACUCAGCACUGCGAGGCUGCGCGCCAUUCUUACUGCAACGCAAAAGGCUGUCGGGGAUGCAGCAGCAGCAGCAGCAGCAGCAGCAAGAGCAGUGCGAGCAAGACGGCCACCAGAGGACUCCCCGACUUGGCAAAGACAAGAACCAGCGGCGAACGGAUGAGGAUCCUCCACUGUCUUCGAUGAGCGCACACUGCGCCUCUCGGAAAAGCCUUCGCGGCGACGCUUCCUCUGCCGCUGCUGCGGGAGAACACCCCUCCUUGUGUAGCAUCGAUCGCCCAACAAGCUUGCUGCGUCGCUUGCGCGCCUUAGAAGAGAAGCUGCUGCUCCAGCGCGACUCCCCAGAGGCGCAGAAAGGCUGCCUUCUCGACGGCUCGACGAACAGCAGCAGCGAGCGAAGAGCUGCACCACCUGUUGCAGCUACCGAUCAAUACAGCAUGGGCGCCUCGGCACAGAGAGCAGCGUCUCCCUCGCCGUCGUACCGGGAAACACCUGCUGCUGCUGCUGGUGCAAGGCGAAGCAGCCACGAAGCGCAUGCUUUUUCCAAGGCUUUGGGUAGUCAGCGUAGCAGCGGUUUUGACAUGGGAGGCAGCAGCAGCAGCAGCAGCGGCGGCAGCCGUCCUUCUCGCCUCUCUGACGUGCUGCUUUCUCCACGGCUGUCGGAAGCAGCAGGGGACGACGCAGAGCGACAGGGCCCUUUUCCUCGCAGCCUCAGGAAACACGCAGCUGCAUGCUCGCAUUCAGAGACGUGUCAGCGUCAGUCUCAAGACUCUGAGCUGCAGCAGCAGCAUUCGUUGCUGCCUAGCAAGCUGCACACCGCAGAAGCGCGGCAAAAGAGUCGUAGGCGACAUCGUCGGGAGCAGCUGCUGCAGCAACUGCACAGGCAGCACCACGAGCAGCAAUCGACGCCGCUGAGCAGCACAAGUGGCGAUGCUUCAGGAAGCCUUUUUUCGCAGACAAAAGCAAAAAAGCAGCAGCAGCACAUGCCCAUCCACUACUAUGAGAGUCUAAAGACACCCGAGGGAGCUAAAGAGUCUACCGCAACACCGCCAGCGGCAACGGCUGAAGCUGCAGGCACAGGGGGGAGCCAGCUGACAUCGCUGCAAGAAGAGCUUCGUUCUUUGAGGGAGAGACUGCUGAAGCCUCUGCGAGAUGCGCGCCGCGCAGCUGCAUCCCCCCAACAGCCGCCUCCUCCCUCCCCCUCCCCUGCUCGAUCAAGCAUGCAGCUGCCUGUCCCUUUGCGGGAGAAGGAGCUUUUGUCUUCCUCUUCCGCCAAGGGAUUGCUGGAAUGUUUAGGAGGAUCUCAGACGUCUAUCUCGUCCUUGAGCAGCAGCAGCAACAGCAGCGUCAGCCGCUGCAGUUACACUCACGCCCACACCAACAACCCGCACGCUGCUGCCUCACAGCUCCUGACUCCCAAACAGGCGAAACUCGCAGGAGCUAGCGGCUUGGAAGGGCCUUUGUCUGAUGAGACUCACAACUGGCUGCGAAGCCCACUAGCAGCAAGCGCAGCAGCUGCAGCAGCCGCGGAAGACAGCACUGCCCUGCCUACACUGCUGCUCGUGCCGCGGCUGCCACAAAUCGCAGCAGCAGGAGCAGCAGCAGCAUUACCACCACCAUCACCAUCUUCAUUGUUUCAGCGAAACUCCGCUUCCUUGGUAUCCGGCCUUGCAAAACUGCUUCGCUGCGGUGAGCGCUCCGGAGAAGGUGUAUAUACACCACUCGUCGCGCGAGCUGCACCCGCAGCUGCGGGAUCACCGCUCACAGAACCAUCACCGCAGAGAGCUCUUGUAGCUCAACCCACGGCGGAAACACUAGUCAAGAAAUCAGCAGCCACUAUCUCCGUAGGAGGAGAAGGAUCCUUAGGGGGAGCUGCCUCGAUCGAAGUGCGCCGUUGCCAGUCAUGGGGAGGCGCAUCUUGCGCAUUCGAAAGCCGCAGCUUGGAGGCUAAGCAACGAUUGCAACUUCUGUCAAACCUUGUCGGCCUUACUGCUGCUGCGGAUGUGCUGCUGGCUGCCAUUGGAGGGGAUGAGGAAAGGGUGCUGCCGCUUGUUCAGAAAGUUCGAAGCCUCAUAGGGAGGUCAGGAGGGCUUAAGGACGCUUGUGUGCACAGCGAGCGAACCGCGCGGAGGCAGGCGGAGCAGCUCGGAGAGGCGAAGCGCAUGCAAGAGAGAGCAGUCGAUUCGCAACAGGAGCGUCAGGAGCAGUUCGGAGAGAUCCAACAGCAGGAGGAGCACCCAGUCCGGGAGGCAGAAGCGGCGCUUUGUGAUGACGAACUGCAGCUGCAGCAGAAAAAAGAGACUGUCACACCGCCAACGGCACUGCCAAAACUCGAAGCCUCCGAGAUUCCCAAGACACCUCCACGACUGCCGCUCAACUUCGAUGGCUUCUGUCUCCUGCCCCCUCCAUGCAUCAGCGGCAGCACCAUUGGCUACGGUCCCCCUGUAGCUGCAGCAGAUGCUGCUUGUGCUGCUGCAGCUGCUGCUGCUGCUGCAGCUGCAGAUGCAGCUGCUGCUGCUGCUGCUGCACCGCCACGAGCGGCUGUCUUCAGUGAGGCACCCGUAACUGGGCCCUGUCACAGUUUGGCAGCAACGCCUCGAUUCGCGCUGCCUGUGGAGCAGCAAAAGCGAACGUUCAGACAGCAGUCCUCUGCUUCGCUGACUUGGGAGCCGAAAGAGCAGCACCGCCAGUCGCUGCUGCAGCAGCGCCUCGGGGAGUGGAGAAGGCAGCAGGAGCAGCAGCGCAGUCGCUACUUUUCUGACGCGGCGUCAAAAAGUGUACCUCUCUUCACCGGCAGUUCCGAAGUCGUCUGCCCCCACACCGAGGAAUUGCAGAACCAGCGUACGACACAGGCGGAUUGUCUUGCAGAGGCACCCGCUAAGAAGGGCCUAGUGGAGCCGCCUUGUUCGUCUCUUGAGGGCAGCGCAGCCGACAUGUGGGCGCUUACCACGGCAACAGCAACAUCGGAUGCAGCCUCUGGAGCUGCUGCUGCUUUUGACUGCAACACGACUGUCGCUGCAGCAACUGCCCCCCCCGCAGACCGCGCGUGCAGGCGGCUCUCCGAGGGGGAGGUGCCUCAGUCUGGUUUCGUGCAGAGCGCUCCCGAAGGGGGACUGGCACCGGCACCAUUCACAGAAAAAUCUGCAUGGCGAUCGGCCACACUGAUUACAACAGGCUCAGACUCCAGGGGAGGAGCCGCUGCAGCGGCAGCUGCAGCUGCAGCUGCUGCCUCGCCGGAGGCAGAGCGGCAACAGAGACUCGCAGACGGCUUCCGCGUGCUGCAGCAGCAAUGCUCCACGACGCUGCUCUCCCCCAGAGGUAGCCGAGAAGUGGGACGGGCGCUUGAGCAACUGUCUGUUGCUGCUGCUGCUGCUCAGCAACAGCAGCGAGAAAGAGAUCGCCGCUGGCGUUCCUAUGCCCCUGUGAUCAAAUCUUCGCGCGUGUUUCCUACCGACUCCUUCUCGAGGGAACAGAGUCUUGAGGCAGCUCCUCCUGCAGCAGUAAUGGCACCAUCUGCAGCUGAACCCGUUGCUGGGCACGACUUCCAGCCUCAAGAACUGCAGGAGAGCGCUGUGGAAGUGACACUUUCUGCAGCAGCAGAAGCAGCAGCGCCUGCCCAUUUAGUGGGGGUGGAGCCUCCCGCGCCUGCAUUUUCGCCGUCUCAGCAGCAGCAGCAGCAUGCACGCUGGGAGUCUGCGCGCGAACAGUCAGUGCGAGGGCGUGCGGCGCGAUGGGGGCUUCGUUUUCUUGCGGCUAGCACCAGCAACACCAGCAGCAGCGGAAAAAGAUUUUCCCUAAGGGGCAUUUUUCGGAGGAGGCACUCCACAGAGGGUGGCUUAGCCAGGGGUUCUCCUGCGGGAGAAUGUGCAACUGACAAAGCGACUGCGGCAGGAGGAGGAGCAGGAGCUCCCGGGGGUGACAAUGGCCUUUUCUCGCCGAGCAGUCAAUGGCUGCUCCCGCCACCGGUAAGAGAAGUUCAUCUGCAGCGAACUGCAAGCUGCUGCAACCCCUCAGCAGCCCUAGCAGAAGCCGCGACGUGUGAUGUCGCUCUUGCAGCGAUGCAGCACCCGCCUUACAUGCAUCUCCUGCCUUCGGCGGAGAAGGCCGAGCACCAGCAGCCGCAUACAACGACGCGUCCUGAUUCGCUCUGGCUAUCGCAGCAUCCCCCUAGCCACAUGCAGCAGCAGAAACAGCAGCAGGUGAUGGUAGCUGCUCCGCUAAAGCCUCGACGCUUUAGCUCGCCUUUUUCGUGGGGACGCC